UUUUCCCUAAAGUCAACACAUAAAUUCACCAACUAGAAAACAAACACAAUCUCUCUCUCUUACUCUCUUGGUGCAAUCUAAGAGAGUCAAACAAACAAAAAACAUCCAAUCUCACUGAUUCAUUCAGAGAUAGUACAAGAAGAAGAAAAUGGCAGAAUCUCAAACGUCACAAGGUGGUGUUCAUCCUCAUCCUUACAUUCCACGUGACUUGAAUCUUCCUGGCUACGUUCCUUCUUCUCUCUCUCAAUCCAACAUUCUCUCUGUCUUUGCCUCCAUCAUUCUCAUCCUCUUUGCACUCACAUGGAUCUUCUCAGGACGCCUCAAGAAAACAAAAGUUGAUAGGCUGCUCAUAUUCUAGUGGGCCUUUACUGGUCUCACUCACAUGAUUCUUGAGGGUUACUUUGUUUUUACACCAGAGUUUUUCAAGGAUAAUACCAGUUUCCACCUUGCUGAAUCUUGGAAGGAAUAUAGCAAAGGAGAUUCGAGGUACACGGCAAGGGAUGCAGGGAUAGUAACUGUUGAAAUACUAACAGCACUUUUGGAAGGUCCAGCUAGUCUUCUUGCAGUAUAUGCAAUAGCUACUGGAAAAUCAUACAGCUACAUUCUUCAAUUUGCAAUUUCUUUGGGCCAGCUGUACGGAAUUGCUGUAUAUUAUAUAACAGCGAUUUUGGAAGGCGAUAAUUUUUCUACAAAUUCAUUUUACUACUAUGCAUACUUCAUUGGAGCAAAUGUCCCUUGGAUUGUAAUACCCUCGAUCAUCUCCAUCCGCUGCUGGAGGAAGAUUGUUGCUGCGUUUCAAGUUCAAAGCCAAACAAAAAAGACUAAAGUUCGUUGAUGCAGACUCUUCGGUUGAGAUAAAAGAGAAUGUUGUUAUGAAUUGUAUCAAUUGAUUCUUAUUAUCUGCAUAACUUGAAAAAAGCAAUUUAGACUUUUCACUUUUUCGUCAUUCUUAUGAAUUUGGAUUGCCUGUAUAGUCAAUAAUCUCAUGCAAUCACACAGUCUGUAAAUCGUUGGAUUGCCUAUAGAUCCAACGACAACCAAAGUGACGACGGACAAUCUAAAUCCCAUUAUUGUUGCUUUGUGGUUCGAUUUCAGCACAAUCAUUGAUAAAUGGCUGUUUUGU